AUGUCAAAACCAGUCCUCAUCUUAUCACCAGGUGCAUGGCACCCUGCCGAGGUCUACGGCAAACUCGUUCCCCACCUCGAGGCCGAAGGGUAUAAGACGGUCCUACAUGAUUGGCCUUCGAUCCAGCAAGCACCAGUCAAAUCCUUCGAUGAAGACAUCCAGGCCAUCCGUACGGCGGUUCUAAGCGAAGCAGACGCCGGCAAUGAUGUUGUUAUUAUAGCACACAGCUGGUCAGGUUCACCGGUCAAUAGCUCUGUCGCCGACUUAAGCAAGGCAGAACGUACGAAACAGGGGAAACCAGGCGGAAUUGUCAAACUGAUAUUCCUCUGUGCUUUUGUCGUCCCCCAAGGCGUCAGCUUGUUGGAUGCACUAGGUGGUGACGAGAAUAACAUUCCACUCUGGAAUGUUCAGGGCGACGUCGUACAUGCCAACGAUCCUGCGCACUUUUUCUUCCAGGGACUGUCGGAAGACGAACAACAGCAGUUGGCAUCGUUGUUGAAGCCCCAUUCGAAAACGACGUUCUGCGAUCCUUCCAGAGGUGCGGCGUACAUGACUAUUCCAUCAGCGUAUCUUAUCUGCGAAGAUGAUGCUGCGAUACCUGUUUUCGCUCAGGAGGCCAUGGUAAAACAUGCACAGGAAGCCGGCGCCCCACUUACGAGCGAGAGACUCAAAUCUGCCCACAGUCCGUUCUUGACUCAUCCGCAGGAAACUGCCAAAUUCUGUAUCAGGGCUUUGACUUGA